GGCAUCUGGGUUCCCCAGUUUCCUCUUUUCCUCGUCCCUGGGUCAGGGGUCUCUUCGCUGCUGAGAGCCAGGAUCUCCAUUUGCUCUUUUUAACGCGGAAGGGGGUGUGUCUACAUUUGCUGGAGGAAGCACCUGAACAUGUGGAAUCCCAAUGCCGGGCAACCAGGUCCAAAUCCAUAUCCUCCUAACCUUGGGUACCCUGGAGGUUCCAAUCCUGCCCAUCCACCACCACCUGUAAAUCCUGCGUAUCCUCCAGGCCCCUUUCCAACUCCUCCAGGAGCCCCUCAGGGGAAUCCAGCUUUCCCCCCAGGUGGGCCCUCUCAUCCGGUACCACAACCAGCGUAUCCAGGAUGCCAACCCCUAGGUCCCUACCCACCUCCCUACCCACCACCUGCUCCUGGCAUGCCCCCUGUGAAUCCCUUGGCACCUGGCAUGGUAGGACCGGGAAUGGUGAUGGACAAGAAGAUGAGGAAGAAAAUGAAGAAAGCUCAUAAAAAGAUGCACAAACACCACAAGCAUGGCAAGCAUUCCUCCUCCUCCUCCUCCUCCUCUUCCAGCAGUGACUCUGACUGAAUACAGGGCCUGGACCCUUCCCUCAAGCCUCUCCAGUUUUGCUCUCCCAUCAAGCUUCAGAUGCCAUCUUGGGAAAAUUAGCUCUUGUGCCCUUCCUCGCUCACCCCCCAAUCUGAACCUUACUCUGCCCUAACUAGGUAGGAAGAUGGGUAAAGAAUUCCCAUGGGCUAGCAAAAACCUUCUCACUCCUGGGAAAACACUUUUAGUCGAUGAGCUUAGCAGGACUAUUUUUUUGAGGAUGAUGAGAUCUUUGAGCCAAAUCCCGAAGACAAGUUUAAGAUCUGUAAAAUGUGUUUGUUUUUAAACUUUCUUUGUAAUACCUGUCGUUGGGAGGUGGUGUGGAAAAUUACUUACGGAGGAAAAAAACUAUACUGUUUUUGUAAGGUGGCUGGCACACUUUGGUGAUUUAGUGGCAAAUACAUUUACCAGCAGGCCUUUAUUGAUUGUACUAACUGGAAGGCUGCUUGGAGGGGGAGUCCAUUUGGAACCUAAUCUCACUCCUUAGCUCGGUAGGCUGGCUCAGGUCCUUCUUAUUCUUCAACUCUCAGUGCAAAUAAAACUGUUUUUCCUUGUC